AUGGUGUGUGACAAGUGCCAGAAGAAGCUGAGCAAGGUCAUUGUGCAAGACAAGUGGAAGGAUGGGGCCAUGAACACAAUGGAGAGCGGAGGCCGCAAGAUCAACGAGAAUAAAGCUUUAAGCAAGCGUAAGCAGUGGGCGCCAUAUAGCGCAAAAUGCACGGUGUGCAAGACCAGCGUGGCCAAGGACUACAAGUACUGCCAAGGGUGCAGCUACCAGAAAGGGCUCUGCGCCAUGUGCGGCAAGCAAAUCCUGGACACCAAGGGAUACAAGCAAAGUGCAACGUAG